AUGGCUGAAACUGGAGCUGCGAUUAGUAUCGGGGAUGACGGAAAGGAGCCGAAUGACGCAGACGAGUCUAGAGAGACUAAAGACGCAAGAGACUUAGUGGAGAUUAAGAUCGUCGACGAUAAAGCGGGGCGGGUAGUAGGAGACGAGAAGCGGAAGGCGGCGGGGGGGAAGAAGCGGAAGAAGAAGCGCCUGGCGGGGCGGAAAUGGGCGGUGUUGCUUGUCGGGAUGCGGGGGGAGGCGGAGCUUCUACAGUGCACGAAGCAGGCCAUCAUGCGCCGCGUGUCGGUCCCCGCGCGCGAUCUCCGUUUAAACGGCCCGCUGCUGUCCUCCGCCGCCGCGAUUCUCGGCAGGGAGGGGUGCAUGAUGGUGAACUUGGAGCAUGUGAAGGCCAUCGUGUCAGCACAACAGGUGUUGCUCUUCAACCCCUCCUCGCCGCCCGUCGCCGCCUUUGCCGCCCACCUGGAACGAGUGCUUGCCAUGGGGCCUGAACCGUCUCAGACAGAGGUGCAGACGAAGAUGCAGGAGCAGGCACGGACACAUGAUCGUGUGGAAUCACACACGCAGGCAGAGGCGGAAGUGGGGAGGGAUGAGGCACAGGCACAGACGCACGCCGUGGGGCCUGAUUCGAUGCCGACACAGUCGCAGAUAGAAAGAGGGGGGACGAAUAAGGCACAUGUGCAGGCACAUUCACAUGCACGUGAUCAUGUGGGGACACAAGGACAGGGUGAAAUACAAGAAGAAGGAGAUGCAGAUGGAGGGAGAGAACGGGAGCAUGGAGGAGGCGAAAUUGAAGGGGAAGGAGGAGGAGCAGGAAAAGGAACGGGAGCAGAUGUUGUAAGGCUCGGAGAUAAGGAGGAGAGUGAAAGCGAGAAGGAGAAGGAGGAAGAGAGCGAAAAAGCGAAAGAGAAGGAGGACGAGAAGAAGGAUGCAAAAGCAGCCGAGGAGGGUGGGGAGGAGGAGGAGGAGGAGCCUUUACCAUUCGAGUUCAGGGUGUUGGAGCAGAUACUAGAGGAGGUGGUGAGCCGGAAGCUGGAGGGGGAGUGCCGCGAGCUGGAGAGAGACGCGUAUGCUGCGCUCAACGCGCUCGCGCGGGCUGUCAGCACUGCGGGUCUAGAGGCGGUGAGAGGGGUGAAGAACCGGCUGACGGUGCUGACCUCCCGCGUGCAGAAGGUGCGGGACGAGUUGGGUUGGAGGGACAUGGCACACCUCUCUGCCUCACACUGUGCUGCCUCUGUGCUCCCUUUUCCUUCCUUCCGUGCCUUUUCUAUUCAGGUGCAGGACGAGCUGGAACAUUUGCUGGACGACGACAGGGACAUGGCAGACCUCUACCUCACACGCCAGCUGCAGUGGCUCACACUUGCCUUUGCUCACUUUCCUAUCCUGCUCUUGCCUCUCUGCAGACCCCCACACUCUCCUUCAAACUUUCCAGCACACACUCCCACACACUCUCCAACACCCUCUCACUCACUCUCACGCUCACCAUCACAUUCCCCUCCACCUGACCUUUCGUCUCCUCCUCUCAAUUCCCUCUCCCCUCAUAUUCAGCCCGCUGCUUCUGGGCCUGCCUUCCCCCCUGCUUUUCCCCCUGCGACCGACUCUGGUCACAGGGGCUCCCUCACUCACUCCCCCACUCACUCCCUCACCCACUCCCUCACUCACUCCCUUCCUCACUCCCUCACUCACUCGCUCUCCUUCCUCCCCGUCACCGGGCGAAGCUUCCGAAGCUCUGGCAGAGGCGCAUGGGGGGGAAUGGGGGGGACGCCGAGGGGGGGAAUGGGGCGGAUGGGGGGAAUGGUGGAGGGGUCGGGGAGCAGUGUGAGUUCGAGUGUGGUGAGUGUGGGAGGAGGGGAGGAUGUGGAGGAGUUGGAGAUGCUUUUGGAAGCGUAUUUCACGCAGGUGGACCGGCUAUUGAACGAUCUCACAGCGCUCCACGAGUAUGUGGACGACACAGAAGACUAUGUGAACACACAGCUGGACUACCGCAGGAACCAGCUGCAGGGGAUGCAGGUGCUGAUAACAGCAACGGGCACGGUGCUAUCAAUGCUCAUUGUGAUCAUAGCAGCCUUCUCAAUGAAUCUCCCCAACUUCCUCUUUGAGACAGACGGCCAGUUCCCCACUGUGCUGCUGCCCCUCCUUGGCUCCGGUGCCGCUCUUCUGGGUGGUUUCGUAUACUACACCUGGUAUUUCCAAAUAAUCACGUAA